AUGGCCACUGAUAAAGUCAUGGCCACUGAUCCACAGAGCCUUAUAGACAUCAUCUUCGAACAAAUCAGCCAACCUCCUGAGUUUUCUCCACAGAGGACCAUUUACAGAGUCCCCGACGAUCUUCGGAAGCUCAAGGAAAGCGCCUAUACCCCUCACUUUGUCUCCAUUGGACCUCUUCACAGCCGCGACCCACUCCUCGACAACUCACGCGUCAACAAGACCAAGGUCAAUUGCGUCAGACCACUCAUUUACAGGGCCGCCAAAUCCGAGAAGCAAGCAAGGGAAAUAGUGCAAAAGUGUCUGACGGCGAUGGGGGAGUCCGUCGCCGAGGCCCAGAACUACUACCCAGAAGAAGAACCUGCGACGCUGAACGAGGUGAUGCUUUUCUUGGAUGGCUCCUUUAUUCUGGAGCUUUUCUACAGGCACUACGAUAUCGUGGUUCUCCAGAAGAAGAAGGUUGACCAAAUUCCCGAACUGGGCAUUGAUAGCGCCGUGACCUACCGCACUGUUCAGCGAGAUUUGCUGUUGCUCGAGAACCAGCUUCCAUUCUCUGUUCUUGAUACUCUUUUCCACCUGCUUACAGAGUCUCAAACUGACACCCAGAAAGGCCCUUCUUUGAUUGAAUACGUACUGUUAUUCUUCCACGAUCUGCUGAGACUACAAAGCAUACCAGCAAAAGUAGAUGGCGAUACGUUUCACAUCCUCCAUCUUCUUCACAAACACUACCUUCCGGCCGAUCUGCCGGUGGCCAUGACUUCCGGCCAGUUCAUGCAAUCUGCUACAGACCUCGACCACGCCGGCGUCAAGUUCGAAUCCCACAACGCCAAAAGCCAAUUGCAGCUGCACAAUGCCGGAAUUAGCCCAUUCCAGGUCGAAUUCCAAGAUCCUUGCGGCGUCAAAAGGUGGUGGUUUUCCAGAGCUUGUUUCAAAAUUCCGACGCUGCACAUCGACGACUCGACGGAGCUGUUCCUGAGAAAUCUCAUCGCUUUUGAGCAGUGCUGCCCCCUCAUUAAGAGGUACGUUACGUCGUACGCGUUCGUCAUGGACAGGCUGAUCAACACCGCCAUGGACGUGGAUGUGCUCCAAAAAGCUGGGAUUGUAUGCAACUAUUUGGGGUCCCAUAAAGACGCUUCUGAUCUGUUCAAUAAGCUGUGCUCUGAAGUUGCGAUUGGGGACUUCUACUUCUCGGACGCGUGCGAGAAUGCAGCCAAAUACAGCCGUUGGUGUUGGCCGCAGGCGGUGGCGCAUCUGAGGCGGAACAAUUUUGCGACCCCAUGGGCAUAUAUCGCUUUCUGCGUUGCUUUGGUGGUUUUCUUCUCGUCUUUGACGACUGUCAUCCGCAACCUCAGGUAUAUAUUUCAUCUUUGA